AAAUAUGUUGUUCAACUAGUUAUGGUUCGACAGACUCUAAACUUUGAGGAAAUACAAAUUGUACAACAAUCAUGGAAUAAACUGGAAGAUAGACAGUAUCUGAUUGGAGAAGCCUUUUAUCAUUCUCUGUUUGAAACUUAUCCUUCUGUAAAGCCACUUUUUCGGUCGGAUAUGGAGAAACAAAAGAGACUUCUAAUACACAUGAUCAACAAAGGAGUCAAGUUACUCAAUGAUAUUGAUAAGCUUGAAUCUGCACUGAGUAGUUUGGGUAAGCGUCAUAUCAAAUACGGUGUGAAAGAAGAACACUUUCCCUGCGUUGGAGAAACACUUUUGAAAGUUUUGAAGCAGUUUCUUGGCGAUGAAUUUGAUGAAAAAACUUUAAAGGCCUGGGAAUCUGUAUACCAAUAUUGGGCAGUUUUUAUGUUGGAUGGAAUGAAGUAAAGAUAUUUUGUUUUUUGGGGGUCAGAGUUUAGCAACAGCCUUAUAUUGCAUAGUCUACAACAGUCUUGCACAUUUAGUUUUGGA